AUCUAGGGGCGGCGCGGAGCGGCUCCCCCAGCCGCCAGUGCCUGCGAGCUCCAGGCUGCUUGGGGAAUUCAGUUUGCCGCUUUUCCGCUUCUCCCUCUUCAGGCUUCUGAUGGCUUUCUAUCUCCGGCCCUAUCCUUUUCUUUAAAAGGAAAACUUCACUGAGAUUUUUUUCUUUCCCUUUGGAGGAGAGGAUUAAAAGUUCUCAGAACUGGUGCCGCCCGUGCCGCUCGGGCGCUGGGACGCCGUUUGCCGGCGGGGGUUCCAGUCCCACCAUGUGCACCAACAUAGUUUACGAGUGGCUGAAAGCGCUGCAGCUCCCGCAGUACGCGGAGUCCUUCGUGGAUAACGGCUACGAUGACCUGGAGGUGUGCAAGCAGAUCGGGGACCCGGACCUGGACGCCAUCGGGGUGCUGGCGCCCGCGCACCGGCGUCGCAUCCUGGAGGCCGUGCGCCGGCUGCGGGAGCAGGACGCCGCCGCCGCCGGCCUCUACUUCACGCUGGAGCCGCAGCCGCCGCCCGCGCCACCCGGGCCGCCUUCGGUCGCCGUCCCCACUCGCCGCCGGGGGGAGCCUUGCGGCGGCCAGGCCCAGGGCCCCCGCGGGGACCCCCGCAGCCUGACGACCGCCCCUCGCGGCAGGGAGCUGGUGAGCUACCCGAAGCUGAAGCUGAAGAUCAUGAUCAGGGAUAAGCUCGUCCGCGACGGCAUCCACCUGAGCAAGCCCCCGUACUCCCGCAAGGUCCCAAUGGCUGGCAUCCUAGAGUUCUUAAUGAAUUGGCCGAAGUCAUCACAGAACCGCUAGAUAUCAUUUUUGAGAACUCGUGGAGGACUGAUGAGGUGCCUGAAGACUGGAAAAGGGCAUAUUUAGAGCCUUCUUUCAAAAAGGGAAAUGGAUGAUGACCCUGGAAAUACUCAUCAGCCUAACUUUUUGCUUGGAAAAAUUCUGGAAUAAUCAACUUAGUACACUGGGUAACGAACUUAUAAUAGCUAGACAAAAGGCAGUGAAAUAUCACACAUAAAGAAGUACUGAGUUCAUUUUUUAAAGACACACCAUUGUGAGAUACAGUCUUCUACAUAUUUUGGGAUUCUGCCCUCGGUGCUAUGAAUUCUUGCUUCAAAUAAGUGAGGUUGGCUAAGGCAUUUGGGUACUGACUAAUUUUAAGUGGUAAUACAAGACAAAAAGAUUUCUGGCAAUAGCUAGAAAUUACAUCAUUUCCAAAUUAGCCUUUAAGUUGAGAAUAGUCUUUUUUUUUUUUUUUUUUGCGGUACGCGGGCCUCUCACUGCUGUGGCCUCUCCCGUUGUGGAGCACAGGCUCCGGACGCGCAGGCCCAGUGGCCAUGGCUCACGGGCCCAGCCGCUGCGCAGCACGUGGGAUCCUCCCGGACCGGGGCACGAACCCGCAUCCCCUGCAUCGGCAGGUGGACCCCCAACCACUGUGCCACCAGGGAAGCCCGAGAACAGUCAUUUUAAUUUUGUAUUUUAACAUAUUUUUUCGCUUUAUAUAGGACUGUUUUCAUAGGUGAAGUAUUUUAUAUAAUUCUCUAUAGAAUAGUUUGGUGAAGGAAUUCUUAUUUUAAGGUGCUUUAUGUAGUUAUUUCAUAUGUAGGUACAAUGAUAAAGGUGACAAAUUCAGGAACAUCUGCAAAGGAAGAAACUUUUUUCUAACUUCUCUUUUUAAGUUUCAUCUGGCUGAAUUUGAGUGUUAGGACAUGUAAGAGUGUCUUACUCUGAUGUACAUGGAGCAAGGGCCAGCUGUGUGACUGGAUGGCCAGUUUUCCUCAGCCCUGGACACUGCCAUGGCCCAGAUUCCCUCCCCAGAUUCUGAUUUCAGGCCUUUGGUGGUGGGGGGGGCAGAGAGGUGGGCCGUGGCAGUGGACAUUAAGAACCCUGUAUAACCACAGCCAAAAAGGAGAGUAGAAGGAGGUGGGAGGAAGAAAUUAACAUGAAUCUGGAGUUCUUCUAAUUCCUAUUGUUUUUGCCUUUGGAUGUUGGCAGUUUUCUUUUCUGCUUAGAAAAUGCAGUCAUGUUGACCAGACCCCAAACUUAGUUAAAAGGAGAUCAUCAGAAGAGAUCUAGACAUGCAACAAGCUCCACGGUCAGACAGAUUCUGAGAGCAGCUGGGCAGUACUGUAUUCCAGAAUCUUCCCUGCACUACUUAGAAGUACAAAAGAGAUUGAAGCUUACAUCACAUUGUAAUGCUCCAGAGUAGGAACCCUCGGAGAAAAAGAGGUAGAUGUACAUUCAUUUCUUCCUGGUGCGUAUGGGAAUGGGUAGGCAGUUAAGGUCUCCAAGGGCUAUUUUAAUCACAAUACUGCUUUAAAAAUCUAAGGUUGACAUAGUUUAGCUACUUCUAGAGAUUAAUUUCGAUACCGGGUAAAGUCAGUCUCAUUCUUAAGUACAAAUGCAAGGAAAUUAAGCUCUAAAAGCAUGUAUACGUUGUCUUUUAAACUACAUGUUUAAAAAAAUACUGCUUGCAGUUUUGUAAGAAUUAUACGCCGAUCAACCUUUCAUCAUUUUUUUUUUCCCAAGUGAGUCUUUAUAAUUUCCAAGUUAGGUUUUUUUUUUGGUUUUUGUUUUUUUUAAGGAGUGGGGGGUCUCUAUAGAUUAUAGAUAUAAUUUAUUGUGAUAAUAAAUGGCUUCCUGUUCGAGACCUCAUUUCCAGGUGCAGGAUCUGUGGCAGAUUUAUUUCACAGAUGUACAUUUACAUGCAUUUGUUGAAUUGUUGCUAGAGAGGACCCGAUUUCUGAAAAAUCUAGUAUUUUCACUGUGGGCAUUAUGAUGCAAUCUACUGCAACCAAAAAGGAGGCUCUUUGGUCAUUGCAAGUUUUAUUUUCUAUUUAUAUAAUGUCUAGCUUCAAUUAUUUUGCCAAAUUUAAAUCUUCUCUUUGUGUUUGCUAUUGGAAUUUGAAAAUAACAAUCCUCUAUCACAAUCUAGAACGGUGAAAUAGCCCAUGGAUUUUAAAGACUUCUUACCUAAAGCUAGAGGAAGAAAGCUUUAAAAUCAGCAGAGAAAUAUUAAAGGAAGCCCAUUAAUUCUUUUGCAUUAAAUGAAGAUGAGUUAAGAGUUAGAAUAUAAGACAUAAGAGAAAGGAAGUAAUCUUACCAUGAAUUAUAUCUGGAGAUAAUUAAGCUUAAGAAGAGUAAUUUUUUCAUAGUGUUUUUUUCUUUUAUCUAAUAUUCAUGAUAUUGUUAAUUUUUUAAGGUAAAGGAAAUAGCAGAGGGACAAAUAAAUAUAUUAUGAAAACUAGAGGAUUAUCUUGAUUUGUAUCUCCUAGAACAUCAAGAGAGGUUAAUUACAGACUUUUACUUCAUAAUAUUGAGGAAAUGGGAGGAUUAUAGCAACACUUUCUUCAUUUCAUCUUAAAACAAAAUUUUUAAGGUGAGGAAAGAAAGAUUUUACGCACAUAUUCUUGGCAUAGGGAAUGCAUGAUUCUAAGGGCUCUUUCCUCACAAAGGAAUUUACAGCAACAUAGAAUAGCUGUACUCAAGCAGUUUUUCAAUCCAGAGAAAUUUACAGCAUCUUGGUGUUGUGAAAUUAAUAACAGAAACAAUAAGCAUUGAGUUUUUAUUUUGGAGUUCCUCAGAUCUGAGUUCAAAUUCUAGAAUUACGUUGAUAGCUUUUUCCUGUCAUGAAUCUGUUAAGAACAAAGCUAAGAAUGUAGCAUGAGAAAUGAUCUUGAACAAUUAUUAAACUCAUCAAAGCUUUUUAUCCUUGUCCAUAAAAUGGGAAGAAUACAUACCCUCCCUUAGUUCUUAAGAGGCUUAAGAAUUCUGCAACAUACACCCACACAGUUCUUGGCUCGGUGUUGACACAUAGUAGGUGCGCAGUGCCUCGCUCCCUUCCCUUCUUUUUUUCCUCUUAUAUGAAAGAGAUUACCUUAAAGCUGACUACAACACUCAAGAAUAAAUUGACUCAAGCACAAAUUGUCCUUAUUGAUGCCUUAAACCCACUGAAUAAGGCCCUUUGCUUUCUUUUAGGAAGGAAAAAGGAGAGCUACAGUGCCUGCCCAUAGUAGGAGUCGAGUAAAUGUUUAUUGAUCGAAUGAAAAGAAUGUGAUUUUUAAAAACAAUGAGCGGAUAGCUAAGGCCAACGUUUUUCAAGUCUGGGGAAAUUGUCACAUAGACACAUAUAAAGGUAUUCUUUAAGUUGCCCCUUUUUAAAACCGCUUUAGAUUUAUAAAUUUAGUGUGCAAAUUAGGGACGGGCAGAUAUGCAUUUCCUCUGAUUUUAUGACUGUGAUUUACAAAUUAAGAGUGCAAAUGGGCAUUCCCCCAUAGCCUUUUCUGGGAUAAAUCCAGCCAAGACAUGAAGCAGAUGAUGGUGGAUGGCAAACUCUUUUCUAUGCAAAGAGAAACCAGAUGUGCAAGUGACUGGGAUGCACCUGCCAGCAAACUGAGAUAAGCCUGCCUGGAAUGUCCUCUAUGAAGAAUCUGGGUGUUGUAAACAGGUCCUUUGCAUGGGCAUUGAACAGUAAUAAAAAGGAAGGUUGAAGAAAAUUAAAUUCUUCGACAAAAUGGUUCAUUUUUACAUGUAAUAUUUAAUUACGUGUCAAAAUAUCAUGUUCAGACAGGUGGAGGAUUUCUGCAUUUCAAAGUGAAUAAGGAAUAAAGAGUAGAAAAGUAUAUCCAGAGACAUAUGCAAGAAAUGAGCAACAGCUACACCUCUAAAGUGGCCAGUUCACCAUUCAGACCAAGGGCAGGGUGACAGAAUUCUUAGAAGAGACCAGCUGGCAUCUUAUGCUUAGAAUAAAAUCAUCAGAGAUGCUGUCUUAAAUUAAACCAGAUAAGUUGUGCAGAGCAAAGUGAAUCAGCUAGGCUUUCUCUUCUAGAAUUUUCGAAUUUUAUUCUUAUUAGCAGUCUCAGUGGUCAUCAAUUAAGUAUUCCUACAUCAGAUGUUUUAUACUAUCAGAUUCUUUGAUUAGAAAAUCCUCUUCAGUUUUCUAUUAUUAAUCUCUAAGGAGAUAAAAAUCUAAUAAUUUUCUACUCCAUGAUCACUAUUUUAGAUAUUUCCAUAAAAGGCAAAAAAAAAGAGAUAGAA